CCCCAGCUGAGGAGGCGUGGCUUUGACGUGAGCGUUGGAGGGAAGAUCAGCGAUUGGUUUAGAAUCUUACACGACUCUAAACCAAUGGGCGACUGGCACGCUCGUUUAAAAGUAACAUUUGGGGCUCACGAGCUCAUCUUUUCAACUCGUUGAACUGCUUGCAACCGAAAAUGAGCGGCAGAGGAAAAACCGGAGGAAAAGCCCGAGCCAAGGCUAAGACUCGCUCGUCCAGGGCAGGCCUGCAGUUCCCCGUCGGUCGUGUUCACAGACUCCUCCGCAAAGGAAACUACGGAGAGCGUGUCGGUGCCGGUGCUCCCGUCUAUCUGGCGGCUGUGCUCGAGUACCUGACCGCUGAGAUCCUGGAGUUGGCCGGAAACGCCGCUCGGGACAACAAGAAGACCCGUAUCAUUCCCCGUCACCUGCAGCUGGCGGUGCGCAACGACGAGGAGCUGAACAAACUCCUGGGCGGAGUGACCAUCGCUCAGGGCGGCGUGCUGCCCAACAUCCAGGCCGUGCUGCUGCCCAAGAAGACCGAGAAACCCGCCAAGACCAAGUGAACGGGCUCCGGUCUGCUUCUCCGACACAAAGGCUCUUUUAAGAGCCACCCACUUCAUCUCAGAGAGAGCUGUUUUUGUGUGUGUGCUGUACAGACUUAAAUCCAAAAACAUCAAUCAAACGAUUUCAGUACAAA